CGUCUGAACCUGCGACGUAAAGCAAAUAUAUUUACAUGUACACCUAUAUGUUUCGAUAAAUAUAUGUUAUAGUUAUCACACAGAGGUCUGUAUAUGCUAUAUACUUCAUAACUACAUAUAACGAAUAUUAGUAUAUAUAAAUAUAUAGCUAUGGCAAAUAGAGAAGAUCGAGGCGAACCACGCCAACGUGGCGAAGGGGGUGAUAAAAACUCAGAUAAGCUCAGGUUCGAGACAUCUAAUGGUGUACAGAUUAUAAGUCACUUUGAUGAUAUGGGAUUCAAAGAUGAUCUAAUUCGUGGUAUAUACGCAUACGGCUUCGAAAAGCCGAGUGCGAUUCAGCAGAGAUGUAUUCUGCCUAUUCUGAGUGGCCGGGAUGUGAUAGCUCAGGCACAGUCUGGUACAGGAAAGACCGCCACAAUCGGAAUGGUGUCGCUGGAGACCAUUGACACAAAGACGCGCGAACCCCAGGUGCUGAUUAUGUCACCUACACGUGAACUGGCACAGCAAAUACAGAAGGUCAUCUUGGCCCUAGGCGACUACAUGCAGGUACAAUGCCACGCCUGUAUCGGUGGUACGUCAAUCGGGGAAGACAUACGUAAACUAGAUUACGGACAACACGUGGUCAGUGGCACACCCGGACGUGUGUUCGACAUGAUCAAAAGACGUAAUUUACGUACUCGUGCUCUUAAGAUGCUGAUUCUGGAUGAGGCCGAUGAGAUGCUGAGUAUGGGCUUCAGCGAGCAGAUCUACGAUGUGUACCGAUACUUGCCCCCAGCUACACAGGUUUGUAUCUUCUCUGCGACCUUACCCCACGACAUCUUAGACAUGACCAACAAGUUUAUGACCGAGCCCAUCCGCAUUCUGGUCAAGCGUGAUGAGUUGACACUCGAGGGCAUUAAACAGUUCUUUGUCGCCGUGGAGAAGGAGGAGUGGAAGUUCGAUACUCUGUGCGAUCUCUACGAUACGUUAACUAUCACACAGGCCGUUAUUUUCUGCAAUACAAAGCGAAAGGUUGAUUGGCUCACCGAGAAAAUGCGCGAGGCUAACUUUACGGUCACAGCGAUGCACGGAGACAUGCCCCAGAAGGAGCGUGACGCAAUUAUGGCCGAAUUCAGGUCCGGCGCGUCUCGCGUGCUGAUUUCGACUGAUGUGUGGGCGCGGGGUAUUGAUGUGCAGCAGGUGUCUCUGGUCAUUAACUACGAUCUACCCAACAACCGUGAACUCUACAUCCAUCGAAUUGGUCGUUCAGGUCGAUUCGGGCGCAAGGGUGUGGCCAUCAACUUUGUCACCAACGAAGAUGUGCACACACUGCGUGAUAUCGAACAGUACUACAGCACACAGAUAGAUGAGAUGCCUAUGAAUGUGGCGGAUCUUAUCUAAGCCGCCAACCCCCCCCCCCCCCCCAUGUCGUACUGGAAUGUGCUCCGAGAUGUCAGGCAGAGCCAAUAGCACGCCCCGCGAGUAUUAUAUAAAUAGAUUUUUGUAGUCGAAGGGUAUCGAAGUAUAGUAUAGAUUGGGAGACGACGACCACGUGUGCGAUAAAAAGGUCAUAUUCCGGGUGGGAUAGUGUGGACAUAUAUCGAGUCGGCAUUAACGGUUAUCUGGGAUCUGUGCUAUUUAUAGAUGGGGUGGAUCUGUGCUAUCUAUAGAUGGGAUGCGUGCUAUUGCGCUAUAUACGAAGAUUAAGCUUGGCAUUGUACAGGUUUUAAAGAUGGCUGCAAUGUGCCAACCAACCUGUACUUACACCCACCUGACAGCAGAAGACAGAGACUUGUCUGUAUAUGUUCAUGUGUAUCUACUCGCAUGCGUAUAACCGUAUAUGCGUAUAUGCACGUGGAUACCUGUACAUUACAUCAUGUGUUCCUACCACCACAUAACCAAAUACACAUACCCAGACACAGACACAGACACACCCUCGGGACACAUUUGCAAGCAUGCACAACAUAUCAUGCGUGUAGCAGUGCUGAGGUACACCUGCCUACUUGAAUCAAUAAAGUAUAUCUAAAACCAA